GGGGUUUUAAUAAUCCUGUCGAAGAUGAAGUUUUCCAUUCCCGUGCCCGGCGGAGGCACCGGACUGGCGCUGUUCUCGAAGCUCAUCCGCACGAAAGACCUGCGGAAGCUCCAGGAAGAGGAUCCCACCAGUACAAAGCCCAAGCUCACGAAAUGUCUCACCACGCUCGACCUCACCUCGCUGGGAGUGGGCUCCUGCUGCGGAACGGGGAUGUAUCUGGUGGCCGGCAUGGUGGCCCGCAACAUUGCCGGCCCGGGUGUAGUGCUUAGUUUUUUCAUAGCAGCCGUAGCUAGCAUAUUUUCAGGCGCCUGCUACGCGGAGUUCGGAGUGCGAGUGCCACACACGUCCGGGUCGGCGUACAUGUAUUCUUAUGUGUCGGUCGGAGAGUUCGUAGCGUUCGUUAUAGGAUGGAAUAUGAUAUUAGAAUAUCUAAUUGGGACGAGCGCGUGUGCCUGUGCCCUGAGCGCCAGUUUCGACUCGCUGUCGGGUGGCUUCAUCGGGCGAAGCAUAGCAGCCUCCGUGGGGACCAUAUUCGGGCGGCCACCGGAUUUUAUCGCGGCCGGCAUCACACUCGUGAUGACGUGCAUCAUGGCGCUCGGGGCCAGCAAAUCGGUGCUGUUCAACAACGUCCUCAACACCGUGAACCUGGCGUCGUGGGUAUUUAUACUGACCGCAGGCUUGUUCUACGUCGACACCAACACCUGGACCGAGCACGAGGGCUUCUUACCGUUCGGCUGGAGCGGGGUCUUCACUGGAGCGGCCACGUGCUUUUACGCCUUCAUCGGCUUCGACAUCAUAGCAACCACUGGCGAGGAGGCGCACAACCCACAGAAAAGCAUACCGAAGGCAAUCGUUGGCUCGCUACUUAUCGUCCUGGUGGUGUACGUCACCAGUAGCCUUAUCCUAACGCUCGCUGUUCCUUACGAUCACAUCGACACCGGAUCGGCGCUGGUGCAGAUGUGGACCUACGUCGGAGCGCCCAAGUGCCGUGCCCUGGUGGCGAUCGGUGCUACGGCCGGGCUCAGUGUUGCAAUGUUCGGUUCCAUGUUCCCGAUGCCACGCGUCAUCUACGCCAUGGCCCAGGAUGGGCUGGUCUUUCGCCACCUGUCCCAGGUAUGGGCGCGAACCGGUGUGCCUGGUAUAGCGACGAUCGGCAGUGGUGUUGCGGCAUCCAUCGUGGCCCUCACCGUCCGGCUGGAGGUGCUGGUGGAAAUGAUGUCCAUUGGGACGCUGCUGGCCUACACGCUCGUCUCGACCUGCGUCCUAAUCCUGCGCUACCAGCCCCACAGUACCUCGCUGGUCGAUCUACUUCCGGCGCAGCUGCGCACACCGCAACCCCCGAGCACUCCCGAUCCGACCACGCAGCAGCGGGUGAAGGGCAAUGUGUUGGUGAAAAAAAUCACACGACGCCCAUCGCCCGACUCCGACGACAGCUACGGUGACGAGAGUCCGGAAGAGUUCAUGGGGCGCGACGAUCAGUUCCUGGUGUCGGACCGUACCGAGAACAAGUUCUACGGCGCAGUGCACGGUGGGCCUCAGCCUAGCUCCAAUCCGUUCUCGCUGUGGGGAUGCGACUUCCUGGGCCGGAAACUGCAACAGUACUCGUACCUAUGCCCGGGCUUUUUCCCCUGGGUGAAACCGGGACCAGCCACUCACGAAAGCGGAAUGUACGUCACGAAGCUGGUGGGGCUGAUGUACGUGUGCAUAUUCCUGCUCGAUCUCUUCAUGGCCAUCGGGCUGUCGGGAGCGUUCUAUUCACUCGUGUAUACCGCGCUGGUGCUGGGUAUCUUCGGAAUACUUGUAACGAUCUCACGGCAGCCCCAGAACCGAUACGCACUUUCGUUCCUUACCCCGGGGCUUCCGUUCAUCCCAACCAUCGCCAUCACGGUGAACAUCUACCUAAUCUUCAAGCUCAGCAUCCUGACGCUGGUCCGGUUCACCGUCUGGAUGACGCUGGGACUGAUCAUGUACUUCUACUACGGCAUCACGCACAGCUCGCUGGAAAACCCAAGCGAGGAGUUUGAGCUGACCGUCGACAACAAUGGCACCAUGGCGGCGCCGAAUCUUAAACUGAAAGUUCCUUCAGCCCCACAGGCCAACAACAACAACAACCACCACCAGAAGCGUGCGGACCCACCGACGGCCGUCUGGGAUCGGCACGGGUACGAGAAUCGCAUGGCCACCAACGACGAGGGCGAGUAUCAGUGGGCCAACCCCGCACAACAGACCAAUAGUUCCGCCACCAACAAUGCCUACAGUUGGAACCCCAGCGAGGCCUGGGGUGAUCGGACCGUUUACGAUCGUCCGACGGCUCCCCGUUCGACCAACAUAUUCCAACCGCCGGCGGCAGCACCGUCGGCGCCGCCCGAAGCGAAAAAGGAUGGGUUCGGGAUGUUCUACAACGAGACACCCAGCUAUCCGACCUGGGACGAUUAA